AUCUUGCGCAAAGUCUGGCUUUCUUCUGUCGAGCAGUACCAGCAGCGUCUCCUUGAGCGGUCUGACCGUCCUUUUCGCCAAUACGCCUACACGGCCUUUCGCCAGUCGAGGCAAGACAACUCUCGCGAAGGUUUCGCAGCUCACAAUGAUAGCUCGAGGUCGCGCUGCCGUGCUCUUAUUGGCUCGUCGAUGCGCCUGCGGUUCGACUUCAGCCCAGUCCUCCCAGCUCUCGAGCGUCGCAUCUGCCAAGCCUACCACGGCCCACCUCUCUCGCUUCUUCUCACAAUUAUCGCUUACUAGGCCUGCACAUAACGAGACCCUUCCAAGCGCGCGACCAAGCGGCAGCAAGCCUCAACUUUCGCAGCUUAGGUGUAAUUCUUCUGAGGCUGGAAGUCGAGAACAAGGGUCUGUAGAGCAGAGCGACGAGGAUACUUCGACUGCCCAAUCCGAUGCGCUCGCUCAGCAGCAAGGCGCAAUAGACGAAGAGGUGUCAGCGACGACAGGUUCCGGGGGCGCAACCGCUCGGCCCAUUGCUAUGCCAGGUGCUUCUACAUUCUCCGAUGGGCAAGGAUCAUCCGACGAUGUCUCGUCAUCGCAAGAAAGCUCAACACCUGCCUACUCUUCGCCAUUCUUGUCUCCGGAGCAAAUCUCUCAACAGCGAGCUGCAGCUGCGACACCUCGACAUUACUCGAUGCCCGGAACGUCUGAGCACGCCUCAUCUGCCACACCUACUCGCAUUCGACAACCCUUCCCUCUGUGGGUGGUGACGACAGGGCACGGCAACACCAAAUUGACCCUGACUCGUCCAAACGGAUCGCCCCUGACCUGGACAUCGGGCGGCUCUGCCGGAUUCAAGAAAUCCCAGAGGAGCGGCUACGAAGCGGGGUACAGAGCGAGCACAAAGAUGUUUGCCUUGAUCGGAAAGAACAGGAACAAGUGGGCAGUGGAUAGCGUUGAGAUCGUGUUCAAGGGAAUAUCGGGAACGGGCAGAGACGCUUUCAGUAGAGCGUUGUUGAGUCAGGAAGGUGCGAUGGUCAGACGACUGGCCAAGAGCGUGAGGGACGCUACACCACUCAAGAUCGGAGGAGUGAGGCCCAAAAAGCAAAGAAACUAUUAAGCGCCAUGACCUCCGUCGGAAAUGUGCACUAGAUCGGAAUGUCAUGCUGCAAUGGGCUGCUGAUGGCCUUGAUAAACCUCGAGCGAGCUCCGGUCGCGUGCUCGUGGCUGACGCGGACCCAGCUUUUCGACAACGCUGUCUGGGCUCGGCGCGCGCUGCUGUCAAUCCAAAUCGUGCGCACAUAGCUCCUGCCUUGUACCACCGGAUUUAGACAGGGGGUGUGUGCCUUGAACAUCCACAAUCAGCACCCCUCGGCUUGAAGCGCAACGCCACGUUUCGAAGAAGAAUUCAUUGUCUGAUGC